UUAAAUAAGGUUAGGGUUAGGUUAGGCUAUGGUUAGGUUUGUUUCUCCACGUUUAACGGAUUUGAAUGAAACAGCCCGGUACGUCAAACUGAGAUUCCGGGAUUUCCGGGAACCGUGUCGAGAGAGGAAUCGGCGGAGUGUCCUUGCUGGAAACCUCAAGUGGCUUCGAUAAAAAAUGCCGCCGAGGAAAUUAAAGGAGAGUCUGACUUUUCUGGUGAACGUCGGAAUUGUCCGUCAUGGCACGCAGAGCAGCUCGCAGCUGUUGGAUAAGGAGAAGUUUAUUCUCAAGCAUAUCAUUCAGAAGAAGAUAUUUCUACGUCCCAAGGAUGAAGUAGGAGUGCUACUAAUGGGCUCGGAUAGCAGCAAAAGCGACAGUAUCACAGGACUGGACAACGUGCAAGAGCUGUGUAAUAUGCAGGUCGGCAACUGGGACUUGAUAAAGAGCAUCGAAAAACUGCAAACCACAAACGAGACUUGCUCUUGGAUGGAGGCAAUUUACGCCGCGGUCGAAUAUAUCAAGCAUGAAUGCGUAGACCCAUGUGAGAGGAAAAUAAUCCUAUUUUCUACUUUCAACGAGGAGGAGAACACCGUUGACCAAUUUCAAGCGGAGGAUAUUGCAGAGACAUUAAGCUCAGAGGAAAUUUCACUCAUCGCAAUUGGAGAGAGAGCACUGGAUAAUAUAGAUGAGGAUUCACAAACAGCCAGCGAAGUGUUGCUCAAGAAAGUCCUGCAACACAUUGACGGCCAGUAUCUCACGUUUGAGCACGCUAUGUCGGAUGUGCGCUUCUACAAACGGCCGUCGACUAAGCCGCUUCCAUGGUACUGCCCCAUGGAAUUGGGCAAUUUCCGCAUACCAAUUGCUGCAAUUUCCAAAAUGCCAACUGAGGUAAGAUUACCGGAUAUGAUGCUGAUGGCCAAGACGAGUACAUCUGACACAUCUGAUCAAGAAGUACCGAUUCAAAAUGUCGUACAAUGGAUGGACAACAAUAGAACUAUACACACGCAGGAGGACAUUAUCCGUGGUUAUGUGUACGGUGGCAAGGCUAUUCCUGUUUCGGACGAAGCUAAGAAAGCCAUGACUCCCAAAAAUAAUGAGAAAUGUUACAAAAUCCACGGUUUCACCGCGAGAGAAAAUAUUCCUAUGGAAUAUUGGUUGUCGGACGGUUCCAAUGUCAUUGUACCCGCUAACGAGUCGGCAGGCGCGCCGUUUUACAGUCUGGUGCAAGCUAUGGUUGACAAAAAUGUCGUCGCGGUAGUGGAAAAGGUCUACAGGGCAAAUACUGAAGCUAACAUGAUGGCGUUGUUUCCAAGUAUCGAUGUACCGAAUGAACCAUGGUGUCUUAUCGAGAUCGGCUUGCCGUUUGAGCGAGAUUACGGAGCAAUAGCGCAGAGACCGUUGAAAUUCGUGAUGAAUCAACUGUCGAAGGAGCAGGACGAAGCCAUGGACGAUUUGUUAACGGCCUUGGAAUUGCCCGACGCCGCCGAGGAUGAUGUGGCAGGUGGCAGUGAGAAAUAUUUGCCAGGAUACAUGCCGGAUCCUGGAACGCAACACAUGUGGGAUACAUUAGCGGCUCGCGCGCUUAACCCGGACAAACCGUUGCCGCUUAUUGCCGACGAGGUUGUGAAUCUUCUAGAGCAACCCGAAUUCGUGAAAGAGAAAUGUAAACCAGUGACUGAAAGGAUAAAGAAUUUGUUCCUAUUGGAGAAACAGAAGCCUCUUAAAACUAGAAAGCGUAAAAUAUCGCAAGAGGAGGAUAAUAAACAGUCCAAUGCUAACAAUGAUGCGCUUAUGACGCAGACUGUUAAAGAAGAAAAGAGACACGUUGUACAAGACAACAGCGAUAUAUCAAAAGAUAACCUUUCGGCCGAUACGGAUGAUUGCAAUUUUGAUGAGCUUGCUGACAUAUAGGAAGCUGUUAGCAGUCACCGUUGUAGCGAUUUUACAAUGUAAUUUAUAUAUUUUUUAAUUUACUCCUUCAUUCUAUCUCAACAAUAAUCAAAUACGAAAUCACUUUAAUUUGGUUUGAAAACUAUCCUUGAAAGCUAUAAAAAUAAUAUAUUUUUUAUAUACAUGCUGAAUAAAAUUAAUUGUAUUUCAGUAACAAGAAUAAAAGGAUAUAAUGUUAAUAUCAUAGUGAGAAA